GGCAGCUGCAGCGAGCCAGCCAAGUCGGGUCCGGCGCGCGGGGCUGGAGGUGGCCGCCUGGCUUCGGCGGAGGCUUUGCCCGCGGCUUCUGCGCCCAGUUCCUCUCUCUCACGCUUGCAAGCGGCGGACUAUAAAUAGCAGAAGCCGGGGAGCCGCUGCCUGUUACGCGCCGGCGACGGAAGGGCUGCCGCUGCUGUCGCCGCCACGGCUUCUUGGGGACGCAAACAGUUGCUCUUGUCUGCUGAAUAGAUCUUGCUCACUUUCAAUCAAUUCAUUAGCAUCCUUGUUAUCAUCCACUUCCUCAUCAUCAUCUACAUAAGCUGCCAGAUGAGAUACAAUGCUAAGGAACUGGCUUCCCUGGCUAGAAGGCCAUCAUCUUGUUUUGACAAGGAAGGAAAUCUGAAGAUAUGCAGAGUGUUCGGGGAUGGUAAAUUAAUAGAGCCGAAGGAGAGAUGGUGUCGUUUGAAAGGAAAUCUGUUCUUUCUAAUGAAAAAUAAGGCCAAGAAUUCUGAAGCCUCUGAGGUAAUCAUCCUGGAGCGGUGCUGUAUUGUGCAGUUCAAGAAUAAAGCAGAUGUUUCAAUAGUCCUCAAGUUUCAGAGUGGAGAACCAGAUAUUUACCUUGAAGCUGCCUCAAGGGUUGAUUGUGAAUCUUGGGCUGUGGCACUUGGAGAGGCAAAUUCUGAAGGUCUGCGCAAUAAAAUCCAGCAGCUCCAGAGUCUGAUAAUGGAAAUCAAGGAAGAGACAACGGCAGAUGAAGAACAGCAAUUUCUUCCCCUGGUACAGGCGGACAGUCUUGCAGAGUCUAAGCUUACAAGUCUUAAGAGGACUGCCAGUGAACCAAAGCUUGAAUUCUGUCUUGCAUGCAAAGACCUAGUAGCUCCUACUCGUGAUCGGAAGCUGAACACAUUUGUGCAGAUCACAGUGGUGCAUCCUGGGGAACAGACGUCAGCUAGAUAUUCAAACACAGAAAUUGUGGAGGGAACAAGAGACCCACUGUUUCUGACUGGUGUGACGUUCCCACCGGAUUACCCUAUCUAUGAGGAGUCGAAAAUAAAACUAACAGUCUAUGAUGUUAAGGAUAAAUCUCAUGACACGCGAAGCUUCCUGGGUUAUGCAACCUUUAAAGUAGGCGAGUUGGUGAAAUCAAAGGAGCAACAAUUGACUCUCAGCCUGAGAAGCUCUGAUGGUGGAAAGACAGUUGGCACUCUAGACGUCAGCCUUGUGAAGAUGGGGGAGACAGAGGAUGGGGAGUCAGAUCACAGCACAGCAGAUGUGCAGGGACAAAAGUGUGCCUUGGCUUAUGAGUAUACAUCCCGUGAAAACAGCAGUAGUAAAGACAAUUUGCCUUUAUUAAAUGCAGUAUUAAAAAAUCCGAUCUGUAAGUUGUAUAGAUUCCCUUCCUCUGACAACAAAUGGAUGUGUGUUCGAGAACAGAUGUCUGAGAGCACUCUUUCUUUUCAUAUUCCCAAGGAACUCAUUAACCUGCACAUAAAGGAGGAUAUGAGAAGAAAUCAGGAGCUUAAAGAACUUGGUGAACUUUCUCCACAUUGGGACAAUAUGCGUAAAAGUGUUAUUGCACACUGUGAUCAAAUGUUGACCCUCUAUCAAGACAUGCUUGCAGAACUAGGAAAGCACACAGGCUCUUCCUUCAAAUCAAGCUGCAGUAAAGGGGAAAAGACACUAGAAUUUGUUCCAGUCAACCUACAUUUGCAGAGAAUGUAUGUGCACAGUCCUCGGUUGAAAGAUGUUCUGUAUGAUGUCAUUACUGUGGGAGCCCCUGCCGCACACUUUCAGGGAUUCAAAAAUGGUGGUCUCCAGAGAUUAUUGAAUAAGUUUGAAUCAGAAAGGCGAAAUACUGGGUACCAGUGUAUUUACUAUUCACCGGAAAACACAGCCAAGGCAAAAGAAGUUCUCAGUAACAUCAAUCAUCUGCAGCCUCUCAUAUCAAGCCACACAGACCUGCUGCUUAAUUCUGCCAGGCAGCAUUUGCCAGACAGCUUGAAGAAUUCCUUAAAGAUGCUUUCUGAAACGACAGAGUUAUUUGUGCAUGCGUUUAAGGAUCAGCUGAUCAGAAGUGCCCUUUUAGCCCUAUACACAGCCCGUCCAGGUUGUGUCCUAAAAAAGCCAACUGUGCCAAGGAUCAGUGUUGACGAUAAUGACGAUCAGCCCAAACAGGAACGUCCGCAUGAGAUUCAAAGACAGGAUUCUAUCCCUCAUCAUUCAGAAUAUGAUGAGGAAGAGUGGGACAGGGUAUGGACCAAUGUAGGGAAGAGUUUGAACUGCAUUAUUGCAAUGGUAGAUAGAUUGCUUGAAAAAGACAACAUACCCAGCAUCACUAAGGAAGAGGAAAGUGGUCCUGCACCAGCAGAACAUGUGACACCUCCUAUAAGUGGUGACUGGUAUGAACAGCUUUAUCCACUCACAGUUACACUGAAGGACUGCAUUGGAGAGGUGGUGACUAGGGCAAGGCAAUCAAUGUCUUUUGUUCUGCUUCAAGAACUUGCAUGUAGUUUGCCACAAUGUUUAAUGCUGACACUAAGAAGAGAUAUUGUCUUCAGUCAAGCACUUGCUGGAUUGGUCUGUGGAUUUAUAAUCAAAAUACACUCCAGUCUACGGGAUCAAGGCUUCCUACAACAGCUGCAUACAGUGGGGUUAAUAGUUCAGUAUGAAGGACUUCUCAGUACAUACAGUGAGGAAAUUGGGAUGCUAGAAGACAUGGCUGUGGGAAUAUCAGAUUUACAAAAAGUCAUCUUUAAAAUAACUGAAGCCAAAUCAGAUGACCUCUUGCCUGUUAUAACUGGAAGGCGGGGUCAUUAUGUAAUAGAAAUCAGGCUUCCAGGAAAGAUGUUUGAGCUGCUGCCACAAGAGAUUAAAGAAGGAAAACUUCUCCAUGUGUACCCUGUCCUCUUCAAUGUUGGAAUCAAUGAACAGCAAACCCUUGCAGAAAGGUUUGGAGAUACCUCUUUGCAAGAAAGUAUUAACCAGGAGAAUUUGGAGCUGCUAAAAGAAUAUUACAAUUUGUUCACGGAAAAAAUGCCUCCUGAUUGCCUACCGCAUUUUCAAGAUCAGAAUGAUUUAAAAGGAUUACUAGAAAACCUCCAUCAAAAUAUUCAGACUAAAAAAAGAAAGAAUGUAGAAAUCAUGUGGCUGGCAGCAAUGAUUUGCCGCAAGCUCAAUGGAAUCCGAUUCACCUGUUGUAAAAGUGCCAAAGAUAGGACAUCGAUGUCGGUGACACUGGAGCAAUGUUCAAUUUUAAGAGAUGGACAUCACCUGCACAAAGACUUUUUUAUUCGAGCACUGGACUGUAUGAGGAGAGAAGGAUGCCGCAUAGAAAAUGUACUGAAGAAUGUCAAAUGCAGAAAGUAUGCUUUCAACAUGAUACAGCUGAUGGCUUUCCCAAAGUACUACCGACCACCAGAGGGGACAUACGGAAAAGCUGACACCUAAGUUUUUAUUUUAAAAAAAAACCAUACAGUCAUGCUCAUUAGUUGACACAAAUUGCUUUGUUUGUGCGUGUUCCUCACAAAUAUGGAGCGUGCAAGAGGAAAACUACCUAGGAGUUAUUUUUGCCAAAAGUGAACUUUCAUUUUGGAGUGGGGAAUGAUAAAGUAUAGUAGGUCGGGUGCUCUGAAAAUGAGCUGUUUAAAUAAACACUGCCUUCCAUAAAAAAAAAUUAUACAGUGUGUCAUAUGCCAAGCAUAAUUAAAAGUUCAGCCAUUGAUCAGAUUGAAGACCAAGUGUUGAGAUGGGUGAGUCAGUAGAGAUUACAGUGAGCCUGCGCUGAAGCAAUGCUCUGCUGUAUAUUGAACAUUACUGAAGGGAAUCAGGAUAAAUGGGAAAGCAAAGGUGCUACUCCACUGUGGUACAUAACAGCCUUGAUACAUUUGGAAAGGAAUUUUAAUCUUGAUGACCUUCAAUGAUUUUUUUAAAAAUGGAUAUUACAUUCUGCUCUGUUUGAUGAUCUCAAAAGUUCCCCCUGCAUAUGUUAUUGUUAAUGUAACUAAGUUUACAUACUUUACCUAAAGCUUAAGAACAUAAGAACAUAAGCAAAGCCAUGUUGGAUCAGGCCAGUGGCCCAUCCAGUCCAACAUUCUGUCACACACAGUGGCUAGAAAUCCAGUGCCAUCUAAAGGACUGUCAGUGAGGCCAGGACACCAGAAGCCCUCCCACUGCCUUCCUUCCAGCACCAAGACAACAGAGCACCACCUCCCCACAAAGAGAAUACCAUCUAUCUCCUGUGGCUAAUAGCCACUAAUGGACCUCUGCUCCAUAUAUUUGUCCAGUCCCCUCUUGAAGCUGGCAAUGCUUGUAGCUGCCACCACCUCCUGUGGCAACGAAUUCCAUGUGUUUAUCACCCUUUGUGUAAAGUAGUAUUUUCUUCUAUCUGUUCUAACCCGACUGCUCAAUAAUUUCAUAGAGUGCCCACGAG